UCAUUGAGCCUCAUUGAGUUUCUCCAGUAUGGCGAGAUCACACAGAGUCGGUCUGUCGUUACACCGGAGAUCUCGUGAAUGAAUCGUGAUUCAACUGCACUGAAUCAUCGGACAAUGAGAAUAUAAUGAGAAAUCAGAGGCUGAGAUGAGAGUCUGAUGCUGGAGGGUUUUUAACGGGAUCCGAGCGGCGGAAACUCGCUCCGAAGAGAGAAAUUCAUACUGGUUUGGAACAACACAAGGGCCUCUUGAUGCUCUCACCUGACUGACUUACAGCCGAGAUCAGGAUGAUAGAGGAGAGACGGAAGGGGAAUGUCAUGGCCGACAGGAAGCAGAUCUUCACAGACAUGAAGACGCAGAAUUAUGACACCAUCCGGCUGUCCACGUACCGCACCGCCUGCAAGCUCAGUUUCAUUCAGAAGAAAUGCAACCUGCAUCUGGUGGACGUGUGGAACAUGAUCGAGGCGUUUCGUGACAACGGUCUGAACACGCUGGACGUCUGUACUGAGAUCAGCGUGGCUCGGAUGGAGACCAUCAUCACCUGCAUCUACCAGCAGCUAAACAAACGGCUGCCCACCACACACCAGAUCAACGUCCAGCACAACACCAGCCUGCUGCUCAACUUCAUGGUGACGGCACACGACAGUGAUGCUCAGGGAAGGCUGACGGUGUUUUCUGUGAAAGUGAUGCUCUCGGUGCUGUGUGGAGGGAAACUUGUUGAUAAACUUCGCUAUAUUUUCUCUCAGAUAUCUGAUACUCAUGGUGCGAUGGUGAUGUCCAAGUUUGACCACUUCCUGCGGGAGGCGCUGAAGCUGCCCACUGUCGUAUUUGAGGGGCCGUCGUUUGGCUAUAUGGAUCACUUCGCCAGAUCCUGCUUUCCUCAACAAAAGAAGGUGAUGCUGAACAUGUUUCUGGAUACUCUGAUGUUAGAUUCUCCUCCUCAGUGUCUCAUUUGGCUCCCUCUGCUGCAUCGGCUGGCAAACGUGGAGAACGUCUAUCAUCCGGUGGCGUGUUCGUUCUGUCGGUCGGAGGGCAUGAUGGGAUUUCGUUACCGCUGUCAGCAGUGUUUUAACUAUCAGCUGUGUCAGAACUGUUUCUGGCAAGGUCAUGCGAGUGGAAACCACAACAACCAGCACGAGAUGAAGGAGCAUUCGUCCUGGAAAUCUCCAGCUAAGAAGUUGGGUCGUGCCAUCAGUAAAUCCUUGGGCUGUGUGCCGAGCAGAGAGCCGUCCCACCCCGUCUACCCAGAAUACCCCGAGAAACCCCUCAACCUGUCCAAUAUAGUUCCUCCCCGUCCAAUAGGAAACAUGAAUGAACCAGUUCUGCCCCCGUCUGCAGGCCCCAGCCCCACUAAGAGACCGCCGACUCUAGCCGCAGCUCAGCGUAUGAAUGAAGAACAUGCUCUGAUCGCAGCGUAUGUGAACAAACUCCAGAGCAGCCCACGUGCAUUAGACAGUCCUACCCGAACGGAUGAAGAGCACAAACUCAUCGCUCGUUACGCCUCUCGUCUGGCCACGGAUCCUGGACACACAGGAAGACCUUCGGACUUCAGCUACAACACCAACAAACAGCAGAGAGAACUGAUCAUGCAGCUGGAGAACAAGAACCGGGAGAUUUUGCAGGAGAUCCAGCGUUUGCGAGCGGAGCAUGAACAGGCAUGUCAGCCGACUCCAGAGAGAGUCCAACAAAACCCGACCCUGCUGGCAGAACUCAGACAGCUCAGGCAGAGGAAGGAUGAGCUGGAGCAGAGGAUGUCGUCUCUUCAGGAGAGCAGGAGAGAGCUCAUGGUGCAGCUGGAAGGACUCAUGAAACUACUGAAGGAUGAGGAGCAGAGACAAGCUGCUCAAGCCGCUGGCUCCUCCCCCAGCCACGCCUCCCCUCGUUCUAUGCAGAUGCCCAUUCGCUCUCCCUCGUCAGGCCCCACCCCCACAUACGGAGGCCACACCCCAACCCACGGGCCCCAGGACUCUUUAGCUGGAGUGGGUGGAGAUGUUCAGGAAGCAUUUGCUCAGGGACCUCGCAGAAACCUGCGAAAUGAUCUCCUGGUGGCAGCAGACUCCAUCACAAACACCAUGUCUUCACUGGUCAAAGAGCUCAACUCAGUAGAAGAUGCAGGAGAAGAGGAUGACAGACUGCUGCAGAAUGGCAAAGACAGAGGUUAAGCCAAAUAUGAAGCAAGCAGUGCCAUGUGUGGCAUCACCAUGCAAACGCAUCACCACAAAGACAAUGACCUCUGAACCCAGACUCGGCCAAUCAGAGAGUGUUCAGGGAUUUGACUUCCUGUGGAUUGCUUGAGAAGGAAAAUGUUUUGUUGUUUUCAGUGUUUUUUACCCUUCUUUGUUUGUGAGAUAGAGAUGCAGUUUUAAGGGUCUGUGUUGCGGACCUGCUAGUUUGAAUAGUUAUUCUCGUUUGAAUAUUGUAGCUGAUUUUGUUCAAGUUUGAAAGCUUUUGAAAAACCGAUGCACCCAAAGACGUGUCAGAUCUGACCAGAACGAGACUGAAUGGACUGAGGUGGGAACGAAAUGGAACGGAACGCAAUAGAAAAUGAUGCAUGAUUGAAGGACGAACGUGAUGAGUUGAUUGGCUGGCUGAGGUAUGUGGGCGUGGUUUGUUGGAUGUGGGUGUGGUCAUGUUGAUUUCAAGGACGCAGUUGCAGCAAAUGCAGUAUAAAUGACCUUCUAAAGGAACUAAAUUAAAGAAAGGGUCGAGUUCAGUACUGUAAUUUAUUUUCGAUUUACUUUUUUAUUUAUUUUCAGUAGACGAACAGCAUUUUAGCAGCUUUUCCGUGUACAUUCGAGGAAAUAUUUUGGUCGUUUCAAAUAUUUGAGUUCAGAUUUUCAUGUCCAAUUCAGCAUUUAUGCA